AUGCCAUUGUUCCCGCUCACCGUAACUGUUCUGCUGGUUCUUCUUCAUAGCACCUCUGCAAGAAAGGCAUACAUGGAGCGAAAUCCGGCGCUGCAAGAGUAUCAGAAUCAAUCUUCGUGCUUCCCGCUCGAAGAGACAUGGCACAUGGCAUACAGAAACUACGAGUUUGAUCCCGCAAUGGGCUACGCAGCUCGUUGUGUCAGAUACGGCCAGACUCGCUCCGGACGAAAUGGCCGUCACCCUGUCAUUCUCACGUACAAGCCAAACGUUGUCAUUGAUCUAACAGUGACCCUCAGAUCGACUCCAGGGUACACAGCCAAAAACGUAAUGAAUUUUCAUCCUCGAGGUUGUGAAAGCUUUCUGUCGGCCUAUUCAGUGUACAAAGACAACAAGAAGGGCAAUAUACUCCGUGUGCCAUACGCAGGCGAAGGGGCAUGCGCCCUGCUCGUUCCCAAGAGUCAACUGGGAAACCACUCGGUUUGCUGCGACUUCAUCUUUGACCUCCUCUGUGGCAGCGGCACCAAGUUCAACAUAUCCGACAGCAGCUGCCCGUAG